UAAAGCUGUCAAAAUCGAACGUCAACAACACACACAACACAAAUAAAAGUUAACAGUCGUCGAGUGCGUACGCGCUGUGUAAUAAUGUGGAAAUCGCACAAUAAAGUGGACGUGGUCAGUCAAAAAGACGAUUGCUUUCAGGAUUUAAUCGAAGAGUGUAAGGGUUUACCACCCGGUUCGAAAUUGUCGUAUUCGUUAAGGAGUCGCUUGGAAAAGUUUUCCCUUGCAGUUCGAAAGGAAAUAGUGAAUAGGGUCAAGAUAGGAAAUGCACCCCUAUUCAUUGCCUGCAAGAAAGGCCAAUUAGAAAUCGUCGAGUAUUUGGUAAAUUCGUGUGGAGCGGAUAUUGAACAAGGAGGGUGUUAUGAAGUACCUGAUGAUAGCUUUAUCCAUAGAUCAGUACACUCAGUAACACCUUUAUGGUGUGCAGCAGUAUCCGGUAAAUUGCCUGUUGUUCAAUUUCUUGUGGAUCAUGGUGCCAAUUUAAACGCGGUUUCCGAUAGUGGUUCUACACCUGUAAGAUCAGCUUGUUUUAUGACCCACCUUGAAAUCGUACAGUAUCUAGUUGAAAAAGGAGCGGAUAUAAAUCGUCCGAAUUAUAACGGUGGAACUUGUUUGAUUAAUUCGGUUCAAAGCGCCCAAUUGUGUAGCUUUCUACUAAAACAUGGAGCGGACGUGAACGCUCGUGACAUUCAAAAUAAAACCGCCUUACACUACGCCAUACAAGAACACAGAAUAGAAACUACCGCUUUAUUAUUAGAGCAUGGGGCUAAUUACAACGUAAAAUCGAAAUACGGUGAUGAUGCACUACAGACCGCCUGUUUAAAAGGUGCCGUACCAAUUUUUGAUUAUUUAAUUUCACAUAUUUGGUAUUCGAAUGAACGAUUGGCGAAUGCGCACGAAUUAUUGGGUUCUACGUUUUUGGAUGAACACAACGAUUUGUAUUCGGCGAUUAAACAUUGGAAAAUUGCUCAAACUAUUAGAGAAACACCGCAGGGAAUUAUUCCUAAAUUACCAAUUAUGCAGCCUAGAGAGGCUUUUAGGUAUCAACGCGAAUUCUCAACCAUGGAGGAAUUGGAGAAUUUAAUGGCAGAUUUAGAUUCAAUUAGAAUACAAAGUUUAUUAAUCGCCGAACGAAUUUUGGGACCAAAUCAUAAAGAUAACGUGUUUAGGUUGAUGUUUAGGGGUGCUUCUUAUGCGGAUAUGAUGUGUUAUCAACGUUGUAUCGACCUUUGGAGACGAGCUCUCGAAGUAAGAGUUGAAAAAGACUCGAUUCUUUAUUCAGACACUUGUUUUACUGCUCAAGCCUUGGUGAGAUUCAUGGUCGAUUAUAAUGAAAAACACAUACCAAGCGAUGAUACAGAAAGUACAUAUAUACAAAGAUUUGAAGAUUCUGUUGCUACUUAUAGGAUUUUAACUAAUGAAAUAGGAGAUAUGAGACAACUUUUAAAUGUUAGACCACAGUAUCAAAGACAACUCGAUAACUUCGAUAAAAUUUUAAAAUGCAUCACCCAUUUGAUUUAUUUAAUGCUACAAACGGCCAAAACGCAAGAACAAUGCCAAUUGGUGGUUGAUUUGGUUACUAAAUUGAUACAAAUUAAUCCGAGAUGUGCCACAACAGAUGAAACUCUUUUACAUUUAUGCGUUUCGAAAUUAAACACGAUUAGGUCUGGGUAUUUUAGCGAUGAACAACCAGUUAUAAUUUUUCCUGAGAAACAAGUUAUACAAUUUUUAUUAAACCUUGGUGCUAAUCCAAACGCAACGAACGAUUCGAAAUCAACACCGUUACACGUAGCCACGAUGCCUCAUAACGUAAAUAAUUGGUUAGUCCCGUUACUUUUGGAGUACGGGGCCCAUAUUGAUUUGCCAAACGUAGCGGGAACAUGCCCCGUGGAUCGCGUUAACGUUGAACCAUUCAAUUUGGACAUAAGGAUAUUGAAUUUUAUUUCGCUCAAAUGUUUAUGCGUUAAAACGAUGACCAAAUAUAAGAUUCCUUAUCGAUAUCAACUACCGAAAACGUUGGAAUUGUUUGUUCACGCACACAACAGUUCUAGAUGUUAACAAAGUUCAUUUUGAUGGAGAAGGAGAUGAUAUGAAUGUGAUAUACAUAAAAGUCUGCGAAUACUCUUUGUGUUGUCAGUAUUUGGUUGGAAUUUUUAUUAUGUUUUUUUUUUGGGUGAGUGAAGUAUUACAUAUCAUUAAAAAAAUAAUAAUAUUAAAUAAAAGUAGAUGUUUCAAGGAUUUAAAUGGAAUUGAAAUUCAUUUGAAAUUGUUUUAAACUUAGUUAUUAUUUAGAAUUUUAUCUAUUUAUCAAUUAAAAAUU